AUGUCUCCUCCCUCGCGCCUCGUCAUCAUCGUCACCGGCAGCGACUCCGGCUUCGGCCUCAUGACCGCCGAGGCCCUCGCCCAAGCAGGCCAUACCGUGUACGCCGGCCUGCUCCAGGCGCGUGACAAUGCCCCCACCAGGUACGAGGCCUUCGAAACGUUCGCACGACGGCACCAACGCGACAUACGCGGGAUCCACCUCAACGUCGUCCAGGAUGACGUGAUCCAACAGAGCGUCGCACAGAUCCUGCAGGAGCAGCACCGUAUCGACGCCAUCAUCCACAACGCAGGCCACAUGUGUCUCGGUCCCGCCGAGGCGUUCAGCCCCUCGCAAUUCUUCGCCAUGUACGACACCAACUGCGUGGGCUGCCACCGCCUCAACCGCGCCAUCCUGCCGCACAUGCGCGCGCGCCGCUCGGGGCUCCUGAUCUGGGUCUCGUCCGGCUCCGCGCACGGGCCCUCGUCGCCCUACCUGGCAGCCUACUUCGCCGCCAAGGCGGCGCAGGACUCGCUGGCGCAGACCACCGCCCUCGAAGUGAGCCAGUGGGGCGUCGAAUCCAGCAUCGUGACGCCCGGCAUCUUCACCAGUGGCACCAACCACUUUGGCUCCGCCAUGCGUGCCGACGAUCCAGACGUCGAACGGCAGUACAACGCCGAGGAGGCGCCGACCAAGGGCUGGUUCGAGCGGUGCUUGAAGGGCAGCGCGGAGAUGGGGGACCCCCGCCUGGACAUCAAGCCGCAGGCGGUUGCGGACGCCAUUGUCGAGAUCGUCGGCACGGAGCAUGGCAGGAGGCCCUGGAGGGUCCAUGUCGAGCCCGAGGGGCCCAUGGCCGAGCGGACCAACAGGGUUCGUGAUCGGGUGAGGGCAGAGUAUCUGGAGAGAAUGGGCUGUGCGGAGCUUAUGAAGGUCAAACUGUUCGGCGUGGAAUGA